ACGAGCCGAGCAUUUUGCAUUGCUCCCUCUGAUGUUAAAGAGAAUUAAAUAUAAUACUAAUAAGACAACAGGGUCUAUUCUCUCUCAAACACCACAGAGUGGACAGACUUCUGGAGAACCGAGUGUUGUUUAGAGAGCAUGAUGGCAGCCCGUUCAGGGGAGAUGCAGCACUUGGCAUGGUUGAUGCUGGUGAUCUUAGGUAUGGUGCAGGCUGUGGAGGGCUGUCCCGAUGUCUGUAAAUGCUCCAGGAAGACCGGUCCAGAAAAAUCAGAGGUCAACUGUCAUAAGAGGGGUCUCCAUGCCUUUCCCUCCAAACUGCCCCCUGAUGCCUGGAUCCUCAAACUAGGUGAGAAUGGUAUCACGGACCUGAAGGCUAAUGCUCUGAGAUCGACUCCAAAGAUUGAGAGUAUCAACCUGGAACGAAACGCCAUCAAGUCCAUCCACCCCCAAGCCCUCUCUGGUGCAAAAAAACUGAUGCUCCUCAAUCUCUACGGCAACCACAUCACCAACCUUCCACCGAGGGGAUUCCAGGACCUCCUGAACCUUCGCUUUCUCAUGCUGGGAAAUAACCAGAUUGGCAUCCUCAAACCUCAGAUGUUUGCUGGAAUGAGGAACUUGUCAGACUUAGAUCUUCCUCUCAACGCGAUAACAACGCUCACCUCUAAUGCCUUUAAGCCUCUGAUCGCCCUCAAAGUUCUGGACCUUUCCCUGAAUCGCAUCCAGAAGAUCUCUCCUAAGGCCUUCACUGGACUCAGACAGCUCAUGUUCCUCAACUUGGACAAUAACAGGUCAUCACAUAAGCCCCUUUAG